AUGAGUGCUGGGAGACUCCCUGUGGUUUUAUCUGUGCUCCCCAUGCCUGCAGCCUCCCCCAUGGAUAAUGGUAAUGUUAAUGUUAGUUUUGGUGCAGGAGCAUUUGGAUCGCAGCAGCAGCAGCAGCAGCAGCAACAGCAUGGUCCCAACUGUAACACCAACAUGGAUCUUCAGCUUGCAUCUUUUCCUGUCAAGCUCCAUGCCAUGCUUUCUUCGAUCGACCUCACUGGCAGUCACGUUGAUAUCGUAACAUGGAGACCACAUGGUCGUCUCUUUGUGGUCAAGGAUAGAAACCGCUUCAUCAAUGAAGUCAUUCCUUGUUGGUGUUUCACCAUGACCAGCUACGCUUCUUUCCAGAGACAGCUUAACAUCUAUGGCUUUCGAAGCUUGUCCUCGGGGCCUGAUAAAGGAGGCUACUAUCAUGAGAUGUUCUUGCGGGGACAUCCUGAGUUGGCCACUCAAAUCCCACGCCAGAAGCUCAAGGGCAAAGGACCCCGCAAACCAGCCACCCCACACAAUGAGCCCAACUUCUACACCAUGCCACCUGUAACAGCACCCCUACCUCCUCAGAGAGCUCCUCCCGCUGCUUUCCCCCCUCCUCGGAUUCACGAGUCUCCCAUGGAAGGAACGACCCUCGGAAGGCUCUUAUUCAAUGACCCCUCUGUGCUCUCCAGGGCUGUUGCAGCCGAGAUGUAUGCUUUGCCUACAAACAGUGCGCAGCAGAGAGAUCCUCAACAUGCACGUAACCGCGUCUCUUCGAUGAAUCAAGAGCACUCGUUCAUACAACCUCGGGAAUCAGAGAACCUCGUUUCGGUUGGACAAGGUCUCGAAGAGGAACUUGUGGAGCUCAUUCUUGAAAAUCGAGCUCGUGGUGCUGGAGAAUCUGAUACCGUGGUUAACAUUUCCACCAAUGACUUCAUGGGACAAAACGAGGAGGCAGGAAUCUACAGCAAUUUCGACUUUGAACCACUGCCAGUAUGCCGUGAUGCUCGAGAUUACCGAGGCCGCAACCACUAA